AUGGCGUCCUCUCAGUCAAAGACUAUCGAGGAAGCCGUAGUGACCUACAAAAAGCGUUUCAAUCGAGAUCCACCUCCGGAUUUCGACAAGUGGUUCGAGCUGGCGCAGAAGAAUCACUACUCCCUCGUUGACGAAUUCGACACGAUUAUGGAGAGCCUGGAGCCGUUCUGGGGGAUUGAUCCUCCGCUCAUGCGCCGGGCAAUUGAAUCUGUUCCGGAUACAGCAUCAGGGGUGGUCCGCAUCAGCAUAAAGAACCACCAGAUAGAGGAAAAGGCAACGCACAGAGGAAUAUACCACGCGAACAUAAUUGAUCGGUGGCUGGAAAAGCCUGGUUGGCUCGAUGUCUUGCCUGAUAUGACAAUCCUGGUCAACCGAUACGAUGAGCCUCGAGUGGUCGCCUCCUCUGAGGCCUUGUUGGCUGCUAGAGAGGCGGCAAUGUCAACUAGUGCCACACGAAAGCCACCUCGUGAAGCAGCAGAGUUGUCUUGGUUCGAUUGCGCUAGAAGAGGCUUGCGGCACACCAUAUUAUCGGCUUGUCCUGCCAACUCACCAUCACGAGACGAGACGAUAGAGAAGAUGGCGCCUAUCAAACAGGAGGACCGUGCAUUACCUUUCGUCCACAGCCUGAAAGAGAGUCAAGACGUAUGCAACAAUCCCACCAUUCACCGAUCCCACGGCUUCUUCACGUCUCCGACAUCAUGCUCCAUAACCGAGUCUCUAUAUCCUGUCUUUUCUCCCUGCAAACCAUCAAUCUUCAAUGACAUCCUCUAUCCGCCCAUCUGGUACUGGCUCAAGCUCAUCCAGGAUGAUUACGACGAGGAUGACGAUAUGGAGUGGUCGGAAAAGAAGGACCUUGUCUACUGGACAGGCUCCGCAACAGGCGGCUGGGCGACACUGGGGAAUUGGCGCACAUUGCAUCGUCAAAGCCUGGUUCUUCAAACGAUGUCCCAAAAUACCUCGGUCACGAUCCUCCAGCGGGGUUCAGCAGAAGAAGAUGUCUGGCAGCCCCAAACCACUCCCAUGUCGAACCUCUCCCACCUAUUCGAUCUCCGUAUAACAUCGAUCCCGCCUGAACAGUGUGAAUCCUCGGCCUGCGACGCAAUGCGCCACGCCUUUCUCAAGCGGGACCCCACAUACGUCGACCCUCCCCGAGAAGAAGAAGGAACCAACAAGAGUGGCGGCGGCGGCAGCGGCGGCAAAAGGAGGAAAAAUCCCAACGCUGACCCCUUGUCUACCGCCUACGGUGCGAAAUACGUCCUUGACAUGGACGGCAACGCCUUCUCGGGCCGCUUUUACCGGCUCCUGUUGUCAAAGAGCGCCGUGUUGAAGCAGACGGUGUUUCAGGAGUGGCACGACGGCCGGCUCGUGCCGUGGGUGCAUUUCAUCCCCAUCAGUCCCGGAGCGGAGGAGUUGGCCGAGGUGGUCAGAUACUUGAGCGAGGACGAAAGGGGGAAGGAGAUCCGCGAGCGCAUUGCAAGGCAGGGCAGGGACUGGGCGCAGAAGACCCUACGGAUGGUGGAUUUGGAACUCACCAUGUUGAGGGUGCUCAUGGAGUAUGGCCGGUUGGUGAGUGACCACAGGCAAGAGAUGGGGUUUACGCUCUGA